AUGAGCACUGCUGAUGGAAAGACACGCUUUGUGUCCACUUUAAGGAUACAAUUGUCCGGCUUCCAGUCAAAUGGACAGGGGUCUCGACCAGUCUUGAAGAAGCCUGAAGACAUAUCAAGUGCAGUGAAUGGCAAUUACAACCACACAAGGCAUCAGGAUCCACCUCUUUUCACUAAGCCCCUCGAGGACUGUAUAGUGGAUGAAGGAAAUGACAUCACAUUGAAAGGAAGUAUCACUGGGAGCCAGCCAAUCAGCAUUUCCUGGCUUCAUAAUGGCGAGACUGUACGAUUUGGUAAAUCUUCAUUAGAGGAAGAAAAAGUGACUUUGGUAGUGAGGGAGUGUCUGCCAGAAGAUGCUGGGGCUUAUACCUGCAUGGCUGAAAACACAGCCGGAAAAACAUCCAGCAGUGCAGCAGUGUGUGUAAGAGACUAUGAAUCAAUUGUUGGGGUCAACAACAAUAUUAUCAACAAAUCUCAGGCUCAUUGUCACACUCCUGACCUGCUGAACGGGACAUCAGAGGACACAAGUGUUUGUAAGGCCCCAGAGUCUCCUCAGACAGGAAGUCCUGUAACAAACUCUCCAGUACUCAAAAAAGAAGUGCAUGUCAAGCGGAGGAGCAGCUCAGGUACAGCACCUCCUCUGCAGUUUGUGGAUCCAUCAGACCGGUUGGAGGUGCGAGUCGGAGAAACGGCCCGUCUAGAGUGUUUCUUCAAAGGUAGCUCUCCUGUAGCAUCUUGCUGGGUCUUUAACAAAAAAGAGGUGGAGGAAAGCUCCAGGUUUCUGAUCGAGUCCUGUGAUGAAAACAGUUCUCUGGUCAUUUCCGAAGCAGUUCCUGAAGACUCUGGGCGUUACACAAUAUUCGUACGAGAUCGCAAAAGUUCAGCCCAACACACAGUGACACUAAAUGUCAUUGACCUGCCUCAGCCGCCUGCUUCUUGUCCAGUGGCGCGUGUUCUGUCCCCUCACUCUCUGGUUCUUUCCUGGUCUGGACCAUCAUAUGAUGGUGGCAGUGCUGUGACGGGAUACGUGGUGGAGGUCUGUGAAAAAGAGACUGAGCAGUGGAAAGAGCUCACAGCGCAGUGUAAGAGCACCUCCCUCAGGGUGACCUCUGGCCUCCAGCCUCAGGGUCAAUACUGCUUCCGAAUAAGAGCCUGUAACACUGUGGGGGUCAGCGAACCCAGCCAAGAGUCCCAGACAGUCAUGAUGGACAACCCAGGAGAUUCCUGUGAAGGGAAGCCAGUGGAGUAUGUGAAUGUGAUCAUCGACACUCAGCAUAAACUCACUGACCACUAUAAUGUCCUGGAGAAACUAGGAGUAGGGAAGUUUGGCCAGGUGUUUCGGAUGACCCAUAAGGUGACGGGUCGCGAAUGUGCUGGAAAGUUCUACAAGAGUCGUCGGGCAAAGGACAGAGAGGCUGCGAGGAAAGAAAUAGAGCUGAUGAACUUCUUACACCAUCCUAAACUGGUGCAGUGUCUCGCUGCAUAUGACAACAAAGCCGAGAUGGUCAUGGUGAUGGAGUAUGUUGCUGGUGGUGAGCUGUUUGAGCGGAUUGUCGAUGACAGUUUUGAGCACACAGAGGUGUCCAGUGUGGGCUACAUGCGUCAGAUUCUGGAGGGCAUUCAGUACAUGCACCAGCAAAACAUCCUCCAUCUGGACCUCAAACCUGAGAACAUCGUCUGUGUGGACAGAACCGGGAUUCAGAUCAAAAUUAUUGAUUUUGGACUCGCUAGCAAGCUAGAUCCUAACACGCCUCUUAAGGUGAUGCAGGGCACUCCUGAGUUUGUGGCCCCAGAGGUCAUCAACUUUGAGACCGUCACUCUGACCACCGAUAUGUGGAGCGUCGGCGUCAUCUGCUACAUCCUGUUGAGCGGUGAGUCUCCGUUUCAGGGCGAGAGCGACACCGAGACUCUGGCUCUGGUGACCGCGGCGCAUUGGGAGUUUGAUGAGGAGAGUUUUGAGGAGAUCACUGAUAUGGCAAAGGGUUUCAUCAGUUCCCUGCUCAAUAAAGAUCCCAGGCGCAGAUUGUCGUGUGAGGAGGCUCUGGCUCAUGUCUGGCUGGGUUUUUCGUGCGUGGACAACAGCAGCACCAGCAAAAACCUCUCCAAAGAUAAGAUGAAGAAAUUCCUGACCAGGCAGAAGUGGAAGAAAACAGGAAAAGCCUUGCUGGCUUUGAAGAGGAUGGCCAUCUUGUCUAAACCAGAAGCUUCUGCAAGCACGAGCCCUGUCCAUGAGACAGAGCAGGCAAUGCAGUCUCUGGAGCUGAAGCUUCAAUGUAAACCUGAGUUCAGUAAGACUCCAUCUGACCUGAGCGUCCCGCAGGGCUCCAGCGUCCAUCUCUCCUGCCUCAUCACAGGCUACCCUGACCCUGAGGUGGUGUGGUUGAAGGACGGAGAGCUGCUGGAGCUGCACGGCGGCUGUGUGACGGUGGACUAUGAGGAGAAUGGCAGCUGUACUCUCAUCUUAAACAAUGUCUCUUUAUAUCACAGCGGCCUGUAUUCCUGUAAAGCCACUAAUGCACUCGGGGAGGCACUGUGCUCUGCUACACUUACUGUAGAGUAGAAAAACACACACAUGGAUUCAGAAUAGCACACAGGUUACAUUGAAAUGCGCAGAGUAGAGAGAUUGAAAUAUAUUGUUGUAAUCAAUGCCAGAAUAAUUAUCAAUUCAGUGUUAAAACUGUAAUAAAAUAAAUUCUGAUUGAUCUUAUUGGUAUUUCUUAUAAUCACAGCUAAAUUCAGUGGUCAGUUCUCUUUUUAGAUUGUGUCAGUUUUGUUUCUCUUUGGUUUUCUCUGAUGGUUAGCCCUCAUACUGUAAAGAUAUAGAAAGCAGAUAUUUUUUUGUGCAGCAUAUUUUAUGAUGGAAAACUUAGCAAAUAUCCAGAACAAUGCUGUGUACUGGACUAAACAAUUUCUUGCUUGUGCAUAAAAUAUAUAGUAUUUUUAUUAAAUAAUAAUUCAUGAAGA